AUGUAUGAGCCGUCUGAUGAGGAGAACCACGAUCCUAAAAAAUCACAACAAAAUGCAAGUAGAAGUUCUACUCCUACAAAGCAGCUAGUUCUUCCAAAAGAGUUUUUCGAAUAUGUUGGUGAUCCAGUUGGGAAAAAUUCAAGUCAGUAUAAGUGUCUCUUUCCUGGCUGUGCUAAAAAAAAGGAUCAAUCUGAUAAACUACUAGUAAUUUCCAAUACUUCUAGGCACAAUGCAAAAAGACAUUACUUGAGUUAUGAUCCCAAGGAUGAACUAGGACAUGAGAAAUUCUUUAUUUCAACAAAAAGAAAUGAAAUAAUAACUCAAGAAGAUCUUGACAACUGGGUCUUGGUAAAUUUUAUAAUCGUCGAUGCCUUGCCCAUUAGCAUUGUUGAAAAGCCGGGUUUUAAGAAACUAGUGUCUAGUGUGGCACCCACCUUAAUUUUACAAGAAGCUCUCCAUAAGGAAUAUGAUGUCGUAGAAAAAUUGCGAGGAUCCACAACGGAUAGUGGUUCGAAUUUUCUUAAGGCAUUUCGCGAGAGUGGUGAGGCGUCUACUGUGCCUAAUUACGAGGAUCAUCAAGAAGAAAAAGAAGAAGAAGAAGAAGAAAUGGCUUAUUUCGUAAUUGGUGAAAUAAUUAACGCUCGAAUUACGGAACAUAAUUGCUCCAACAAUCAUGAUCCAACUCUUUCCCAACAUCGGAGAUGUGCAUGCCAUUUGUUAAGCCUGAUUGCAAACGCUGAUGUUUUGAAGAUUCAAGAUCCGGGCUUUCAACAUUUGCGAAAACUUCAGAAGCUUCAAGAUGACCCGACAAUAACACAUUGUCAACCAUUGAUUACCGGGCUUCUUGAUGCUAUCCACUUCAGAUUCCAGUCAAUGUUUGCGGACAACGAAUUACGGUUGGCCACAAUCACUAAUCCACAUUUUAAACUCUCGUGGCUGGAAAAUGAAGAUGAAAUACGUCGUGCUAAAACUUUACUUAAAGGAGAUUUUUACGGCUCUGAUGAUUCUAGUGACGGAACAUCUUCAUCACUUUCAGAUCCCAGUUCUGAGAAAAAACGGAAACAUGCAAAGAAUUUUGUUUCCUCAAUAACAAAAAGAAAUGCUGAGACUCUAGAAAUAGAUGAAGUAGAGUCUUAUUUGCAGUUGUCUAAAACUUUUGAAGACCUGAAGAAUUUUCCGACGAUCAUGAAAAUGUAUAAACAAUACAACGUCACACUACCAUCAUCAGCUGCAGUGGAGAGACUUUUCAGUCAAGGUGGACUAAUUUUUACAUCCAAAAGACUUCAGUUAACUGAGAAUCAUUUCGAAAUGUUAUUAUUCCUAAAGGUCAAUAACAACAUGUCAAAUAAGUGGUAA